AUGUCGGUCAUCAGAUUGACUGUCCCUGAUACUUCUUUAAAAGCAAGAUAUAGUAAACACGCCUCGUCUGCGGCGGCGGAGGCUGGUUCUGUUUGGGCGCCUGGGGGAGGGGUGCACGCCCCUCCCCGAGGCUGGGGGUGGCGACCCCCCCCCCCCACACACACCUCCCCAGACAGAAGCCAGAGGCGGCGGGAGAGAGUGUGUGCGGCCACGGUCGAUGCUCCGGGGGGCUCACCUGCCGAGAAGGAUUGGGAGGUGCUGGUCUUGGGGAAGCUCAAGUGGGACCUGGCCGCAGUGAUUGCCCAUGAUUUCCUGGCCCUGAUUCUGCACCGGCUCUCUCUGCCCCGCGACCGACAAGCCUUGGUCAAGAAGCACGCCCAGACCUUUUUGGCCCUCUGUGCUACAGACUACACCUUUGCCAUGUACCCCCCAUCCAUGAUUGCCACAGGCAGCAUCGGAGCCGCAGUGCAAGGCCUGGGUGCCUGCUCCACAUCUGGGGACGAGCUCACGGAGAUGCUGGCAGGGAUCACAGGCACUGAAGUGGACUGCCUGCGGGCCUGUCAGGAGCAGAUUGAAGCUGCCCUCAGGGAGAGCCUCAGGAAAGCUGCCCAGACCUCUCCCAGCCCAGCGCCCAAAGCCCCCAGGGGCUCCAGCAGCCAGGGGCCCAGCCAGACCAGCACUCCUACAGACGUCACAGCCAUCCACCUGUAG